AUGAAGACACUAGACCACCAUCUCGUCCGUCGCAUUUAUUUGUACCAGGGACCCCAAAAAACCCGACUCUGUUACACAAGUCUUCACGAAGAUAAAACAUUCUGUACAUGGACUAGCUCAAGACUUCACGAAGAUAAAACAUCUUGUACAUGGACUAGCCCAAGACUUCACGAAGAUAAAACUUCCAGUACAUGGACUAGCCCAAGACUUAACGGCGAUAAAACAACCUAUACAUGGACUAGCCCAAGUCUUCACGAAGAUAAUACAUCCUGUACAUGGACUACCCCAAGAUUUCACGAAAAUAAAACAUCUCGUGCAUGGACUAGCUCAAGACUUCACGAAGAUAAAACUUCCUGUACAUGGACUAGCCCAAGACUUAACGGCGAUAAAACAACCUAUACAUGGACUAGCCCAAGACUUCACGAAGAUAAAACAUCCUGUGCAUGGACUAGCCCAAGUCUUCACGAAGAUAAAACAUCUUGUACAUGGACUAGCCCAAGAUUUCACGAAAAUAAAACAUCUCGUGCAUGGACUAGCCCAAGACUUCACGAAGAUAAAACAUUCUGUACAUGGACUAGCCCAAGUCUUCACGAAGAUAAAACAUCCUGUGCAUGGACUAGCCCAAGUCUUCACGAAGAUAAAACAUCUUGUACAUGGACUAGCCCAAGAUUUCACGAAAAUAAAACAUCUCGUGCAUGGACUAGCCCAAGACUUCACGAAGAUAAAACAUCCUGUGCAUGGACUAGCCCAAGUCUUCACGAAGAUAAAACAUCCUGUGCAUGGACUAGCCCAAGACUUCACGAAGAUAAAACAUCCUGUGCAUGGACUAGCCCAAGUCUUCACGAAGAUAAAACAUCCUGUACAUGGACUAGUCCAAGUCUUCACGAAGAUAAAAAAAAAUCACGUACAUGGACUACCCCAAGACUUAACGGCAAUAUAACAACGAGAAGCCAAAGGGCACGUGACUUGUGUAUUAAAUUACGUAUAAAGGACACAUACUAUUUUAUCAAGCGCUAG